AUGAUCGAUGAUCACAAAUUCACCUUGGCAGAGCUGAGCGCCAAGUAUUUCGUGGACCUGACAAAGCUCCACCGGACGCAGUUGGAAGAAAAUGCCAAUGGCCCCCAAGAGUUCAGCUUUGCUAAGAGACUGUUCCUGGGCAUCGCACUCUCUGUUGUGGUCAUCGUCACUGGCUGCUUCUCCUACUGUCAGGAGGCCAAGAGCUCCAAGAUCGUGGAGUCUUUUAAGAACAUGGUGCCUCAGCAAGCUCUGGUUAUUCGAGGUGGAGAGAAGAUGCGGAUCAAUGUACAAGACGUGGUGGUAGGAGACCUGGUAGAAGUGAAGGGGGGAGACGGAAUCCCCACUGACAUCUGGGUCAUCUCUGCACCGGGAUGUAAGGUGGACAACUCAUCCUUGACUGGCGUGUCAGAGCCCCAAUCCCGCUCCCCUGAGUUCACCCAUGAGAACCCCCUGGAGACCCAAAACAUCUGCUUCUUCUCUACCAACUGUGUGGAAGGAGCAGCCCAGGGCGUUGUGAUUGCUACCGGAGACUCCAUGGAGAUGGGCCUCAUCCCCUCUCUGACGGCAGGCCUGGCUGUCGGCAGGACGCCCAUUGCUGUUGAGAUGGGGCACUUCAUCCAUCUGAUCACAGCGGUGGCCGUCUUCCUGGGCAUCUCUUUCUUUCGGCUCUCGCUUCUCCUGGGCUACAGCUGGCUGGAAGCUGUCAUUUUUCUUAUUGGCAUCAUUGUGGCCAAUGUGCCUGAGGGGCUGCUGGCCACUGUCACUGUGUGUCUGACCCUGACCGCCAAGUGCAUAGCCCACAAGAACUGCCCUGUGAAGAACUUGGAGGCCGUGGAGACACUGGGCUCCAUGUCCACCAUCUGCUCAGACAAGACGGGCACCCUCACCCAGAACCGCAUGACCGUCGCCCACCUGUGGUUCGAUAAGACCAUAUAUGAGGCUGACACCAGCGAAGAACAGACUGUGUCCAUCCACCUUCGGGAGGACAGCUCCCGGGGCCACGUGCUGAUGGCGAAGGGGGCUCCGGAGGGGAUCCUGGAGUUCUGCUCUAGUUCCCGCCUGAAAGGGCAGGAGUGCCCAGUGGACGACGAGAUGAAGGAAGCCUUCCACAACGCCUGCUCGGAGCUGGGAGGUCUGGGGGAACGCAUGCCAGGGUUCUGCUUCUUGAAUCUGCCAAACUCUCACUCCAAGGGAUUCAAGUUUAACACAGAUGAAAUCAAUUUUCCCAUGGAUAACCUUUGUUUCGUGGGGCUUGUGUCCAUGAUGGACCCUCCCCGAGCUGCUGUGCCGGAUGCUGUGGGCGGGUGUCCGAGUGCAGGGGUUAAGGCAGCUCCUCCCCAGGUCCCCCUGGUGCGCAGGCCAAGCCUGGUGAGUGCCACGCACCUGAGCCGGGAGAGGGGAAUCAGCAGUGUGGGUGAUUAUGGUGACAGGGAUCAUCCCAUUACAGCCAAGGCCAUUGCCAAGAGUGUGGGCAUCAUUUCAGAAGGCACGGAGACAGCAAAUGACGUUGCUGCUCGGCUUAACGUCCGUCAGCCAGAUCAACAGCAGGGAAGUCGAAGCCAUUGUAGUGCAGGGCUCAGAACUGAAGGAUCUGACUCACAGCAGGUGGAUGAGAUCCUUCGAAACCACCACGAGAUUGUGUUUGCUCGGACCUCCCCUCAGCAGAAGCUUAUCAUAGUAGAGGGAUGUCAGAGGCUGGGCGCCAUCGUGGCGGUGACCGGCGACGGCGUGAACGACUCCCCCGCGCUCAAGAAGGCUGACAUCGGCAUCGCCUUGGGCCUCGCCGGCUCCGACGUCUCCAAGCAGGCCGCCGACAUGAUCCUGCCGGACGACAACUUCGCCUCCAUCGUCACGGGCGUGGAGGAGGGCCGCCUCAUCUUUGACAACCUGAAGAAAUGCAUCGCAUACACGCUGACGAGCAACAUCCCCGAGACCACCCCCUUCCUGCUCUUCAUCGUCCUCGGUGUCCCCCUGCCCCUGGGCACCGUGACCAUCCUCUGCAUUACCUGGGCACAGACAUGGAGAGGGCCGAGUCGGGACCUGGCUCGCGGAUCUCCUGUCCCUGUUAUCUCCUUGGCUUAUGAGUCAGCCGAAAGUGACAUCAUGAAGAGGGCGCCCCGUAAUCCGAAAACUGAUAAUCUGGUGAACCGCCGUCUCAUCGGCAUGGCCUGUGGGCAGAUGGGCAUGAUCCAGGCUCUGGCUGGGUUCUUCACCUACUUUGUGAUCCUGGCUGAGAAUGGUUUUAAGCCUACUGAUCUGCUAGGCAUCCGCCACAGCUGGGAAAAUCGGUGUUUCAGUGACCUGGAGGACAGCUGUGGACAGCAGUGGACCUACGAGCAGAGGAAGGUGGUGGAGUUCACGUGCCACAUGGCUUUUUUUGUGAGCAUUGUGGUUGUGCAGUGGGCUGACCUCAUCAUCUGCAAGACCCGCUGCAACUCCGUCUUCCAGAAGGGCAUGAGAAACAAGGUCCUAAUAUUUGGGAUCCUGGAGGAGACGAUCCUGGCUGUCUUUCUGUCCUACACUCCCGGCAUGGAUGUGACCCUGCGAUUGUACCCACUCAAGUUGUUCUGGUGGCUCUGUGCCACUCCCUACAGCAUGCUUAUCUUUGUCUACGAUGAAAUCAGAAAACUCAGCAUCGCCAUAACCCUGGGGGACUCCUCGCCCUACCUGCUCUGUCCAAACCUCGGGGCCCUGUGCUCCACCUGCUGGCUGGAGAGGGAGACCUGCUACUGA